AUGGCUGAUGCACCUCCAGUCCUAGCUCAUGCUGAGCGCGGCGAAGACCAAAUCACCAACCAAAAUGUGAUCAACAACUAUUUCAUCGGCCCACGGGCUGCCAACAUGCCUGAUUUCAGAGCAAACAUUAACACCAUUCUGGAUGAACUGCUUGAAACCAGGCUUGAUUACUACCCCGAGGAUCAUAGCCAGAAGUUCAUCACCAAGGAAGUCCGGAGAUCGCCGGAGUUCCAGAAGGUGAGGGACAACUUCGGUGAUGUCGUCCGAAAAGUGGCCCAGCUCCUCGGAGAGCACUCGGUGCCUUUCUGGUCUCCCCGCUAUGAAGCCCACAUGUGCACUGACUUGACCAUGCCGUCCUUGCUGGGGUACUUCAUGACGAUGCUGUACAAUCCCAACAACGUCGCCCUCGAAGCCAGUCCCAUGACCACCGUCGCGGAGUUGUUGGUCGGACAGCAACUGGGCGAGCUGUUCGGAUACAAAACUCCCCUGACAGAGGACCCUCAUAGAGAAAGACAGAAUGAGCCGAUGUCAUGGGGCCAUAUCACCUGCGACGGCACGGUCGCUAAUCUGGAAUCGAUCUGGGUCGCGCGAAACCUGAAGUUCUACCCUUUGGCCCUUCAUCAAGCCAUCGUGAACGGGAACCUGAAUUUCAUCGCGGAUCGGUUCGAGGUGGAAAACUGCAGGGGCGGAACAGAGAAAUUUGCACGGUUAGCAACCUGGGAUCUUCUCAAUCUGAAGCCCAAGACUGUCCUCGAUCUGCCCGAUCGUCUGUACCGAGAGUUUGGCAUUUCGAGCGACUACCUCAAGAAUGCCUUGGAGCCUUAUAACAUCCAGUCAGCGGGCCUCUUGCAUGAGGAGACCGACGAGACCCACCACUUUUAUAGGAGUCUCAAGGCGAUGAAAUUCAUCGUGUCCAAGACCAACCAUUACUCCUGGCCGAAGGGACUGGCCAUUGCCGGGUUGGGAUCGGCGAAUCUUCUUGAAGUCGAGGUGGACGACGACGCUCACAUCGACCUGGCGCAACUGAGGGCUACUCUGAACGAGUGCCUUGAAAACGAGAUCCCCGUCUAUGCGGUGGUGGCCGUGAUUGGAUCCACCGAAGAGGGGGCCGUCGACCGGCUGUCGGAGAUUGUGCGAAUUCGAAACGAGAUGCAAGAGAACGGCCUGUCUUUCCUUGUUCAUGCAGAUGCUGCCUGGGGAGGUUACUUUGCUACCAUGCUGCGCCGAGGACUGCGGGGUCCUGAAAGGGGCGACGCCGACAGAGGCGCGGUGCCAGCCCUGACUCUGCGAAAGGAGACUGAAACCGACCUCUUGGCUCUUCGCCAUGCGGACUCCAUCACGGUCGACCCCCACAAGGCUGGCUAUAUCCCGUACCCGGCAGGGAGCUUGGUCUACAGAGACGGCCGGAUGCGAUACUUGGUGACUUGGUCCAGUCCCUAUUUGUCGCAGGGGUCGGCAGAGAAUAUUGGGGUAUAUGGGGUAGAGGGAAGCAAACCCGGCGCAGCUGCCAUGUCAACGUGGCUCUCCAACCAGACAAUUGGUCUGGACCCCGACGGAUACGGAAAGCUGCUGGGUCAAGCAUCUUUCACCAGCUCCAGGCUAUCGGUGCGCUAUGCCGUCCACAGUGACUUCAGGCAGGAGAACAGAAAGGACUUCAUCUGCGUCCCGUUCAAUCGACUGCCCCGGGAGCAGGAGGGACACGCCUUCAACUCCCCAGAGGUUGAGGCCGACCGGGAUCUCAUUCGAAUGCGCAUCCUGGGACAGCAGAACGAGGCCCUCCUGCAGGACCCUGUCGCAAUGAACCUGCUGCGCCAACUGGGCUCCGACACCAACAUCAACGCCUUUGCCCUCAACUUCUACGUCGACGAGGCGAAGACAACCCUGAACACCGACAUCGAAGAAGCCAACUACCUGAUGAAGAGGGUCGUUGACCGGCUUUCCAUCACGGGGGUGGACACCGACCCAACCAAGAUCCCCGUCUACCUGACCUCGACCAAGUUUGAGCCCAAACAUUACGGCGCGUGCGCAAAGACCUUCAUGCGCAGAUUGGGCCUCACGGAGGUCGACGAAGACCUGUUCGUCCUGCGCAACGUAGUGAUGAGUCCCUUCCCCACCAAGCACUACUUCAUCGGCACGCUGUGGGACGAAUUCGAGCGAGUCGUCAACGAAGAAGUUCAACAAGUCCGAAAGCGCAACGACCCCGCGGCACACAAGGCCCAAUUCCUCCUGCAAGGCAUCGAAGAGUCCGGAAAGACCUUCCUGGUCUUGCAAACCUCGUUCCACACUGCCACUCUCCGCCAGCAGCUGAUCGUCCGCGCCACCCUCAGCCCCGACCUCGAACAGAAGUAUCGGGAUUGCAAGAACCAAAGCCCAGAGACAUCUCUCCUCCUGGUGUCCCAGGAUGUCAUCAACCUUCAGCAGGGCAUUCGCGAUCUUCCCCACACGGACUUAACGUUCAACGCCGAGAUAUACGCGAAGGUGGACUAUCUCCGCCAACACGAGAAUCCCGACUUGUAUGUUCCCUACCUGUUUAGCCCAUCUCGGAAUCAAAUCCCAAUACUAACAUCACACUCCAGGGACGUGCGCGCCUUGUCCACAGGAGAGGUCACAAUCACUAAGGACGAUAUCAUCAAGAGCCGGCCGUUGAACGUGGUGAACCGAGACCCGCAAUAUCCAAAGAUGGACACCCCGUUCUAUCUUUACGGCACGCCGGCGCAGCAGCAUAUUUCCCACGUGCUGGUCCGGUCUCCGAACGUCGCCCUGUCCGCCGCCAACGUCUCCUUAUCCCCCGACCCGGGAGUAGAAGACAGCAUCAGUGCCGACGACCUCGCCAACGGCUUGAUCCUCGCCUUGGCCGAGCACCCCGAGGUGGCCAUGCAGCCCGUCACCGGAAAGGUGUCCGCGACCGCAGAUGUGCCCGGCGACUUCUUCUUCAGCAAUGGAAAGGAGUUCAAGGUCAACAUCUGGAGGGACCCCCACGCUGGCGACGCUCAGGGCCCCGGCCUAGUGGACGGUCUGGGAGAACCCUUCUGGACUGGCACAUUGACUCUGCGCGAGGACCUGGACUAUGAUUCCGACUGGCCCAACAAGGACCCGGCGGCUGUUGCGAAGGUCGAUUCGGCUCACUGGCGCGAGGAGCUGCUGAAGAUCGGCAAUGUGCUGAAUGCCAAAUACAGGGAUCCCGCUGAGUAG